AUGGAAGAGACUACACUGCACGAUAUGCUGGCCCAAUCGACGUCAAAACUUACACACAUGUAUGAGGGAGGCUCUCCCCCUCCCCGUGUGACCUUCCUCGACCUGCCACAAAAUGUCCGUGAUCAAAUCUACCACGAGGGGGGCUAUUGGGGCAAUAGGUUCAUCGACCUUAACGUGUGGUCGUAUAAGGACAAGUCUUACAAAAAGCCACCAUUUCCUGCUGCCCUCCUGUGGGCCGGCUCCCACCUAAUCCAUGAUGAAGUUGAGACCAAGCUAUACGCCGAGAAUAUCUUGGCAGUAAGCAUGUUAGGCGAACGAGGUCUGCAACCAUUGGAAAUGAUGAGCGAUACAGCGCUUAGAGAGCUAAGGACUCUCAUUAUAAGCUUUCUUCCGUGUCGCUACCGCUCCCAGGACGAUUUCUUCAAGUAUCACACCGGAUGGUUCGAUGGAGAGAGAGAAGAUAAUUUACCAUCUUUCUGGAAACACGUUACCCAUAGACUCUGUUUUGGCUUCGUCCACAUUGAUACGUCGAUCCUUGCUCAAUGGAAACGAAUAUGUGCUCGCCUGGCCGCAAACUCGCGCCCACAUCAACUCAGUCUCUCUCUCAUUGCUAGCGUUGGUGACGUGGAGACCGCAAAAAGCAUCCUUGAGCCAUUGAGCGGCAUGCCUCCGCUCAGAGACGUGGCCAUUAAUCUUGGCGAUCAUCUCAAGGACAUGAAGGAUUUUGAUUCUAGGUCAUUUAUACGAAACGCUGCAAAGGGCUUGCUGGGUGAAAGUAUAGAGAAACCACCGUUCCGUUUCAUGAGCCUCCCUCUAGAGCUACAGAUCCAGAUUUUGCAACAUACCCCUUUGCUUGCUGGCGAAAACGUUCACUUCAGGCGAAGUAAGGCUUUCCGCCUUGGGGACUCCAAAAAAACUUGCUCUAAUUAUCGGCUCAAAGCUAGAGAUGGCAAGGAUCGUUUCUCCCAGCCCAUGGCUAGUUCAACCAGCUUCUGUGUUAGGCUGUAUCCUGACGCCUUCACUCAGCAUUGCGAGUGCGAUAGUUUCCGGCUAGACAAAUACUUCAAAGUGAGCAAGGAGUUUUCUUACAUUGCACGACACGUGUUUUAUUCGAGCAACAAGCUUUGCUUUCACCCCGCGUUUCUCCGCGACAACGAGCUUAGACACGCUCUACCCCGUUUCAUGCGCCGCGUUCCGCUUGAGAGCCUAUGGAGUCUUCGACGCCUCUGCGUUAUCUUCCCUGCUUGUUCUCCGGACUACAUAUUGCCAGAUCAGUUCGAUUGGCACGAGUGGGUUGAGUCCAUCCAGCGUCUCUCUGAUCAGGCAGACCUGUCACGCCUGCGGCUUGAGGUUCACUUCAGUGGCUACCCCAGCCCCUCACCAGAUGGGGCGUUAUUUGAUUUUAGUCUUCAUGGUCAGUACAUGUAUGAAUUGAUGUGGCCCUAUACCAGCCGCUUGGUGCGCAGAGACGAGAGCAUGGAGAAGACCAUGUUCAAUACCUAUAAGCGUAUGCUUGAGCCUCUGAAGAAGCUGGGCUGCAAGCUUCUCUCGAUGCAAGUCUACUUCCCGUGGGCUCCAGUUGAAUCGGUUCUGAAGCAACGCAAAGAAUAUGAGCAAGCUUUAGAACAGAUGAUUAUGGGUGACAAAUACGAUUCCGCAAAAUGGGGGAAACGUGACACGAGCGAGUUUUUUAAAAUUAAAAAGCUCGAGAUAUAA